CAUCCUCAAUUUUCUCAAAUUCAACCCAUUUUCAGUUGUUAGUUAUCUCGUUCAAACGACAAACAUAACCAAAAAAAACCGAACUCAAAAACAGCAAGAAUUAAUAUUGUGAAGAUGCAGUCAGCAAAGCAGAAAGUAAGCAACAUGGCCAGUGCUGCCAAAGAGAAGAUACAGAUUGCCAAGGCCAAAGUUGAAGAAGAGGCAGAGCAGGCGACGGCGAGAACAAGGGAGGAGAAAGAGAUAGCAAAAGAGCUGAGGAAAGUGAAGGGGGCGGAAGCCAAGGCGGACCUUCACACCUCCAAAGCGAGACAUGCGGCGGAGAAGCUGGAAACAAAGCAAGCAGGUCAUCAUUACCAUAUACCUGGUACCGGAAUCGUUACCGGAGCUGGCCACCAUGUACCUGUUACUACCGGUCAUCAAGCUUUUGGGGCGGCGGGCAAUAUACCACCUGGAAGUGGAACCACCACCGCCGCUACUGGACAUCAUACACACGGUGGUGUGGGUGGCAAUAUACCUGGAAGCACCACCACUACUACUCAUUCCUAUCAAUCCAAUCUUCCACCUUAUAAUAAACAUCUUUAAGUUUUGUGGGAUUGUGUAAUGUUCUGUUUUAAUAGAUCAGUGUUAUGUAAGAAUGUUUGGAAGGCUACUUGUAUUAUUCAAGUUACAUUGAAUGUACUUUUAUAAUAAACAUGUUACAUUACUUUAA